GUCCAGUGUCUGGUAACUUGUAAGUUGUUCCGUGUUCGACUGAUAUUUUAUUAUAGUUCCUUCGAUUAAUAUGAAUAGUUUUUUUGAAAUUAUUUUAGAUACGCUUCCAAUUUUGUUUUGGUUGAGCAAGUAUUCUUACAAAAUUUAGGAAAUAGCUAAAGCAUAAAUUCAAUUACAAGAAUUACAUUGAAAUUUGAUCACAGAACUUGAAUACCAUGUCAAAAUAUUGUGUGUUUACAAAAUGAAAUGGAAUCGUAUCGCAAAUAUAAUAGUUCAAGACACCAUGACUCUCGUCACCGUAAACAUCAUAAGCAGCAUCGUCAUCACCAUCAUCAUUAUAGAUAUGAAGGCGAGGAAGAAUACGAGUCUCACCGCGUACAUCAACGACAUCACAACCAUCACAACAAUGAAGAGUACAAUGAAUAUGAGUAUAAAAGAAUUUCUUCAACAGAUAGAAUUGAAAAGCCUCCAUCACCAAUGCAACUUCAGCCCAUUAAGAAGCCCACUACUCCACCGCCGAUUGUUCCGAUUGUUGAAAAGCCUAGGGAACGUAACUGGAGACUUAUGGUAGAUCCAUUUCUCACAAAGGCACCUACUAAAAUAUAUAGAUAUGAUGGUAUUGUACCAAAUGAUUCUUCGUAUCCUGAAGUAAUAGUACAUGAUCCACGAACAUUCAAAUCAAAAUCAAAAACAAUUUCACUUCCUAUUGAAUUGCCAGUACCUAAAUUUAAGCUUGAUAAAAAUUAUAUUGGUCAACGCCCAGAGGUUGAAGUAACAUUUUCAAAUCUAAAUGACAAUAUCGAUAAAGUUUUUCUUACAGAUUUGGUGAUCAAAUUUGGAAAAAUUCAAUUAAUUCAAAUAUUUUAUCAUCCAGUCACUAAAAAACAUUUGGGUUUAGCAAAAAUAGUUUUUGAAGAAGCAUCGUCUGCCAAAAUGUGUGUUCAGAGACUAAAUGAGUCAUCUGUAAUGGGAAAAGUUGUUAAUGUAUUUUUGGAUCCUUUCGCUAAUGAGUGCAAAGUAAUGUUUGAAAAGUUAAUAGAAGAAAAACCAAAACCGCCACCUGAAGAACCUAAAAAAAAAGAGCCUUCUAUAUCUAGUCGUGAUCGGCGGACAGUUAAAUCAACUAAACCUAAGGAAGAAUCUCCUAUCAUACCAAAAAUAGAGGACAAACCACCUCCUCCUGUACCAGAAAAUUACACUAAUUUUGGUUAUGAUUAUGCUACGCCAUCACCAGCUACAAGUGAUCUUCCUUCAGAACAGAGUUACAGUAGCGGAUAUAACAGUAUGAGUGGUACACCUGGGUACAAUGGAACUUAUCCAUAUCCUUAUAAUAGAUACCCAUGUAAUAUUCCUCCAGUUCCAAAUAAUCAAUGGUGGGGAGAAUCUAGCCCAGUACCUCCUCCAUUGCCUACUACACCUGCACCAAAGUUAGAUUCUGAAGCACAGUCAAAGUUGGAUUUAGACACUAGGAUUGCAAUGCUUCUUAAUGGAAUGAAUCAAGGUGCUAGUGUAGAACCAGCGUUCUUGUCUAUAGUAAAGAAAGAGCCUGAUACCGUACCUGAAGUUCCUGAGUGUAUAAAUGAAGAUGUCGAUUUAAGAAUCAAUUUACCAUUACCGCCCGGGGUUAAUGACAACCAAUCUGAUUUGGAUGAAGAAAAGCUCAGCAAUGAAGAUGAAAUAUUACCUCCUCUCUCUAAUCCUCCCUCGCCUUUUCUUUCAAAUGAAAUAUAUCUAAAAAGUUUUGAAGUGGCUGUUGAACAGCUUAAAGCAACCAGAGAAAAAGAAAAAUUAGAAGCAAAAAGUUUCUUAAAUAACACAAUAAAAAAUGUGAUCAACAAAACGAUGCACGAUUCUCUGCAUAGUGAUAUCAGUUCUAGUGAUGAUGAAGCAAUGUUAGGAAAAAGUCCGAAAGGAAAUACGCCGGAUGAUGCGAUGAGUUUGUCCAGCUUGUCAUCGCGUGAUGAAAAAAUUGUUGAAAAUGAUCCUAAUAUACUGCCUAACUAUCCUGCUCCUUUGCCAAGUUAUCCUCCUCAGGGUUACUAUUAUCCACCUCAUUUUAAUAACCAUUAUGGAUAUCAGUAUCUUCCUUAUCAACCAAACUAUCAUUAUGGCCCUCCAUUCCCAGGUAGAGAUUUUUAUGAGCAAGAACCACCGCGAGAUAGACAUGAGAACAAAAAUUUUCCAGCUGAAAUUAGAAAGCAAUUAAUGAAAGCUGUCUUGGACGAAUUAAGAGUUAUAAUCAAACGCGAUCUUAUGAAAAAAAUGGGAACAACUGUUGCUUUCAAUGCUUUAGAUCAAUGGUGGGAAGAAGCUGAAAGACAAUCUAAAACUACUAAUGUAACCAAUGAAGAACUCAAAUCUGUGCAGCCCGCUCCAAACUUAAAUAGUAUACUAGAAGCUGGAACAGAAGGAUUAGAAACGUUAGCUUUGAGUGGGUUAGGACUUGGGUUCAGAGCAGCAAUACCUAAAAUGCCAUCUUUCCGCAGAAAAACUAAGGAACCUUCGCCAAAAAAAGACAAUCAAGAAGAUGUAGAUGGAAGUGAUCAAGAAGAAAUGGUUAUAACAUCUGAUAAUGAAGGCAAUGAUAUUAAUGAUGAUGAAGUUACAAGACCCACAUUUGCUGAACGUAAACGUUUAGGAAGAGAAUUAUUUGAAAGUGAUAGCGAUUCGUCCACAUCAGAACAAUCUGUUCAUAGUUCUUCUGAUGAAGAAGAAUCUAUUGAAGAAAGUUCUAGUAAUGCAGAUUCUUGUGAAGGAUUUGCUUGGAAAACAAAGCUUAAAAAACUAUGUAAAUCAAUGACAUUAGAAGAUUUUGAUAUAGUCAGAGAAUUAACUCCAACUGGAAAUGAAACUCCUAUGGCUAUUGACUCUUUAUCUAGCUCAGAUGAAGAAGGAUCUUUUGUCAAAUAUAAACGUAGUGAGAAGGCUGUGAAACGGAAAUUAUCGGCUGAAAAUAUAAUCGAGGCGCCAGUAGAAACUAAAAAGCGUUUGGUGAAUGGAGAAAAACCUACUGAGGAACAACCAUCUAGAGUGUUUGCAGACCAUUCAUAUUGUAUGCCACAAGAAGUGUAUAGUCCUCCUCCUAUUCCUGAAUGGGAAAUGGAAAAAGAUACAACAGAAGAGUCACCUAACGUCAAAUCUAGCAAUUCAAUGACAAUUGAACAGAGGAUGUCAACAUCUCCCGAUAGAACACUAAAUAAAAUAAAACAGCCACUGGCUGUUAGAGAUAGCAACAAGAUAGAACAUAAUGACCUGUUACCUGCUCAGAAACAUCGGGGACACCUAAUUAAAACAAAAUUAUUCAACAGACGAGACAUGGUUCAAGAAGCAACAGUUCUCUUUGAAUUUCUUACAAAAGGAAUUGACAUAGAAGAUAUAAACUAUUUAAAACAAAGUUAUGAGUCUUUGUUAGCCAAUGAUACUGUUCACUAUUGGUUAAACGAAACCCACUGGGUUAACCAUUCAGUGACAGCUCUGCCAAAUCAAAUUCCAAAAAAAAAGAAAAAAGAUGACUGGAAAGUUCACGAAUCAGGCUGUGCUAGAACAGAAGGUUACUACAAAGUAGACAGUAAACAAAAAGCUAAUCAUAAGUAUCAUUUUGGCCAUACUAUUUCUCAAUUAAAUCGUAUCGCAGAACUAAAACGUGUUAAGGAAUCAACUGGAAAGAUGUUGGCUCUUUCUCGAGAAGCACGUAGCAAUCAGCGCCGCUUAUUGACAGCAUUUGGUGCCACAUCAGACAGUGAUCUACUCAAAUUUAAUGUCUUAAAAUUCCGUAAAAAACAACUUAAAUUUGGUAAAUCUGCUAUUCAUGAUUGGGGAUUAUUUGCAAUGGAGUCUAUUGCGGCUGAUGAAAUGGUUAUUGAGUAUGUGGGGCAAAUGGUUCGCCCUGUUGUUGCUGAUUUACGAGAGCGUCAAUAUGAAGCCACGGGUAUUGGUAGUUCAUACUUGUUUAGAAUAGAUUUGGAUACCAUCAUUGAUGCAACCAAGUGUGGCAAUCUAGCGAGAUUUAUAAAUCAUAGUUGCACUCCAAACUGUUAUGCUAAGAUUAUUCAAAUAGAGGGUCAAAAGAAGAUUGUUAUUUAUAGUAAACAGCCAAUUGGCGUUAACGAGGAAAUUACGUAUGAUUACAAAUUUCCACUCGAAGAAAAUAAAAUACCAUGUUUGUGUGGUACCACGUGUUGCCGAGGAACGCUCAAUUAGUAGAUUUUCAUCAACUAAAUUGUACAGUUUUUACUUAGUUAUAUUCUAUAAAACUUAUGUACAUAUGUUUUAACUAUAUAAUAAAACCUAUGUAAUUGUUUUGUGUACAAUAUACUGUUUUGGCAUCACUUCAUUUAUUUGAAGUGAUUUUUUUUUUUAUGUAAAUAGUCAAUGUAUAGUUAAUUGAAUUUGUAUGUAUUUGUAAUAGAUCCAGCUGUUUUUAAAAAUAAAAUU